AUGGCUCUGCCAGUUUGGACCCUGAUGCUGCUGGUGGGGGCUGCCUGGGGCCAGGAACAAGUGCCUUUCCCUGUGUGGAGACCGAACUCUCCAGACCUGGGGCCGAUGGUGCACACUUCGAGGGAGGACUCCAUUCUCUCCAAGUGUGACUUUGAAGACAAUUCCAGACCUUUCUGUGACUGGUCUCAGAUGUCUGCGGAUGAUGGGGACUGGGUUCGGACUACUGGGCCCUCCCUGACUGGCACUUCUGGCCCCCCUGGGGGGUACCCCAACGGAGAGGGGUAUUACCUGCACAUGGAUCCCAAGACCUUCCCUCGGGGCGGAGUGGCACGCCUGCGUAGCCCUGACAUAUGGGAGCAAGGCCCCCUUUGCGUCCAUUUUGCCUUCCACAUGUUCGGGCUGUCAUGGGGCGCCCAGCUCAGACUGCUGCUGAUCAGGGGCCGGAGGCGCCUCCGACCCUAUGUACUCUGGAAACACGUGAACACCCAGAGUCCCUCGUGGAUGCCCACCGCUGUCACUGUACCAGCAGAUCAUGAUAUACCAAGCUGGCUGAUGUUUGAGGGCAUGAGAGGGAGCACCGCCUACCUGGACAUCUCUCUGGAUGGCCUCUCUAUCCGGCGGGGUACCUGCAAUCGGAUCUGCAUGUCCCAGAUGUGCACCUUUGAUACUCUAAAUGAUCUCUGCGGCUGGAGCUGGGUCCCAACUGCCACUGGGGCUAAGUGGACCCAGAAGAAGGGAUCAACGGGGAAGCAGGGUGUGGGACCUGCUGAAGACUUCUCUAACCCUGGUAAUGGCUACUACAUGCUCCUGGACUCUACGAAUGCAAAGCCGGGACAGAAAGCUGUUCUUCUGAGUCCCCUGAGCCACUCCAGAGGCUGUACGACCCUGUCUUUCCACUACAUGAUGCAUGGCCAGGGACAUGAAGAAGGCCUUUUUGUUUAUGCUACGUUUUUGGGCAACAUCCGGAAAUAUACUCUCUUCUCAGGACAUCCUGGACCUGACUGGCAGGCUGUGUCUGUCAAUUACACAGGACAGGGACAGAUACAGUUCAUGGUGGUGGGUGUGUUUGGAAACAUCCCAGAGCCAGCAAUAGCUGUGGAUGCCAUCAGCAUAGCUCCCUGUGGGGAGAGCUUUCCCCAGUGCGACUUCGAAGACAGAGUCCAUCCUUUCUGUGACUGGAACCAGGUGUAUGGGGACAUCGGACACUGGAGCUGGGGAAGUAAAAGUGUACCCACCCUCAUCUCAGGGUCCCCAAGAGAGUUCCCAUAUGGAGGGGAGCAUUACAUUUUCUUCGAUUCAGUGAAGUUAUCCCAGGAGGGGCAGUCUGCCAGAUUGGUGAGUCCACCAUUCUGUGCCCCUGGGGACAUCUGUGUGGAGUUUGCUUACCACAUGUACGGCCUUGGCAAAGGUACCACGCUCAGGCUCCUGUUGGGGAGUCCUGCUGGUAGUUCUCCCAUUCCUGUGUGGAACCGUGUCGGCUCUCAGAGCUCUGGCUGGAUGAACAGCUCUGUCACCAUCCCUAAGGGACAUCAGCAGCCCAUGCAGUUGUUUAUUGAGGCCACCCGGGGCACCAGCACUGCCUUUGUUGUCGCUCUGAACUUCAUCUUGAUCACUCACGGACCAUGUCGGGUAUUGCUGCGGACAGAGAUUCCUUCCAGGCCUCUGCUUCCACCUACUGGCCCUUCUGAACCUACUGUCCCUAUGCUCCCCAUGGAGCAGCCCACCACCCCUACAGAAGCAACCACUGUUACCAUAGAAGUACCCGCCACUCCCACGGAAGAAGCCACCCUCCCCACAGAAACAACCACUGUCCCCACAGAAGUGAUCACUGUCUCUCCUGAAGAGCCCGCUAUCACCCGUGAGGAGACCAUUCCUACAGAAGUUACCACUGUAUCUCCUGAAGAGAUCAUUCUCCCCACAGAGAUGAUCCCUGUCCCCACAGAAGUAACAGCUGCCCACUUGGAAGUGACCAAUGCCUCUCCUGAAGAGACCAGCGUCCCCCCUGAGGAGACCAUCCUUACAGAAGUUACCACUGUUUCUCCUGAAGAGACCACUGUCCCCACAGAAGUUCCCAUUGUCCUCAUAGAAGCGACCGCAUUCCCCACUGGAGAGACCACUCUCCACACAGAAGUGCCCACUGUAUCCACUGAAGUGACAGGUGUUCACACAGACGUGACCAAUGUCUCUCCUGAAGAGACCAGUGUCCCCCCUGAGGAGACCACUCUCCCCACAGAAGUGCCUACUGUCCCCACAGAAGUGACCACUAUCCUCACUGGAGAGACCACCCUCCCCACAGAAGUGCCUACUUUCUCCACAGAAGUGACUAAUGUCUCUCCUGAAGAGACUAGUGUUCCUCCUGAGAAGACCAUCCCUACAAAAAUAACCACUGUUUCUCCUGAAGAGACUGUUCUUCUCACAGAAGGGACCAUUCUCCUCACAGAAGUGCCUACUGUCCCCAUUGAAGUAACCGCUGUCCCCACUGGGGAGACUACUGUCCCCACAGAAGUGACAGGUGUUCACACAGAAGUGACCACUGUGUUUCCUGAGGAGACCACCAUCCCUACAGAAGUAACCACUGUUCCUCCUGAGGAGACCACCACCCCCACAGAAGUGACCACUGUUCCUCCUGAGGAGACCAUCAUCCCUACAGAAGUGACCACUGUUCCUCCUGAGGAGACCACCAUCCCUACAGAAGUGACCACUGUUCCUCCUGAGGAGACCACCACCCCCACAGAAGUGACCAUUGUUCCUCCUGAGGAGACCACCAUCCCUACAGAAGUGACCACUGUUUCUCCUGAGGAGACCACCAUCCCUACAGAAGUGACCACUGUUUCUCCUGAGGNGGAGACCACCAUCCCUACAGAAGUGACCACUGUUUCUCCUGAGGAGACCACCAUCCCUACAGAAGUGACCACUGUUUCUCCUGAGGAGACCACCACCCCCACAGAAGUGACCACUGUUCCUGCCAGCAUCCCUCCUGAAGAGACCACCAUUGCUUCUGAAGAGACCACUGUCUCCACUCUCCUUACAGAGCAAUCUGCUGUCACUCAAACAUCCACAGCAUGCAGGCCACCCUGUCCAAGUCCUCCACUCAUGCCCAUGGGACCAAGCCUUUCAAAGCCUCCAGGUGUCUCACUGUUCAGCAUGGCCCCAACUACAGGUGUUUCUACCACAGAGAGCUGCCCUCCAAAUGCCCACGUGGAAUUGUGUGCAUGCCCAGCAUCCUGUGAGAACCCCAAGCCCAGCUGCCAGACCCCCUGCAUUCCUGGCUGUGUCUGCAAUCCUGGGUUUUUGUUCAGAAAUAAUCAAUGUAUCAAUGAGUCUUCCUGCAAUUGCGCCUACAACAACAAGUACUAUAAGCCUGGGGAAGAAUGGUUCACGCCCAAUUGCACAGAGCGGUGCCGCUGCUUGCCGGGUAGCCUGAUGGAGUGCCAGAUCUCUCAGUGUGGGACGCACACGGUAUGCCAGCUGACGAGUGGCCAGUACCAGUGUGAGCCCUACGGUAAAGCCACUUGCCUGGUCUAUGGGGACCUUCAUUUUGUCACCUUUGAUGAGAGGCACAUUGGCUUCACGGGGACAUGUACCUAUAUCUUGACCCAAACCUGCGGCAACUCCACAGAGCCCUUCUUUAGGAUAACAGCAAACACCGAAGAACGUGGAGUAGAAGGUGUAUCCUGCCUGGACGAAGUUGUCAUCACUCUGCCAGAGACUACCAUUACCAUGAUCAGUGGCAGACACACAUUGAUUGGGGACCAGGAAGUCACCCUCCCAGCCGUACCUUCUGAUGGCAUCUAUGUGGGUCUGAGUGGGCGAUUUGUGGAGCUGAGGACGACAUUUGGUUUGCGUGUGAGAUGGGACGGUGACCAGCAGCUUUUUGUGACUGUGUCCAGUACCUACUCGGGCAAACUGUGUGGUUUCUGUGGGAACUAUGACGGGGACAGCAGCAACGACAACCUGAAGUCAGAUGGCGCGAUGACGCACGAUGAGGAGGAGCUGGGGCUGAGCUGGCAGGUGGAAGAGGAGGAGGACAAGGACUUUACUAUCUUCUUCGGUUGGGUCUCUUCCAGGUGUCAGAAGAAGAAGAAUCCCCCAUCUUGUGACGCUGCUUUGGGGACCACGAUGUCGGGACCCAAGUUAUGCGGGCAGCUUGUCAACCCAAGUGGACCCUUUGAGGCAUGCCUGUUCCACCUGAAGGCCUCCUCCUUCCUGGAUAACUGUGUGACUGACCUGUGUAGCUUCCAGGGCCUCCAGCAGAAGCUCUGUGCUCACAUGUCAGCCAUGACGGCCACCUGCCAGGAUGCCGGCUAUCCUGUGAAGCCCUGGAGGGAACCCCAGUUCUGCCCUUUGGCCUGCCCUAAAAAUAGCAGGUACUCGCUAUGUGCCAAGCCAUGUCCGGAAACCUGCCACCCUAGAUCUACCACCCAGCACUGCUCCGACGAGUGUGUGGAGGGCUGCGCGUGUGACCCUGGCUUCCUCCUCAGUGGUGCACAGUGUGUCCCUCCGUCCCAGUGUGGGUGCACCGGUUUCCAGGGGCGCUACUUCAAGGUACAGGAGCAGUGGUUUAGUCCAGACUGCAAGGAGAUCUGCACUUGUGAAAGCCACAACCAUAUUCUCUGCAAGCCCUGGAAGUGUAAGGCGCAGGAAGCCUGUAGCUAUAAGAAUGGCAUCUUAGGCUGUCAUGCCCAAGGAGCAGCCACCUGCCUGGUGUCUGGUGACCCCCACUACCUGACCUUCGAUGGGGCUUUGCAUCAUUUCAUGGGCACCUGCACUUACGUAUUGACCCAGCCUUGCUGGUCCAAAUCUCAAGAGAACAACUUUGUCGUGAGCGCCACCAAUGAGAUACGUGAUGGCAACUUGGAAGUCUCCUACGUCAAAGCUGUCCAUGUGCAGGUCUUUGACCUCAAAAUCUCCCUGUUCAAAGGUCAAAAGGUUGUGCUGAACAACCAAAGGGUGGUGCUCCCCGUGUGGCCUUCGCAAGGACGGGUGACCAUCAGGUUGAGUGGCAUCUUCGUCCUGCUCUACACGAACUUUGGGCUUCAAGUUCGAUACGAUGGAAGGCACCUGGUGGCGGUGACAGUGCCUUCCUCAUACACCGGCUCACUUUGUGGGCUGUGUGGGAACUACAACAAUAACAGUAUGGAUGACAACCUGCGUGCAGACAUGAAGCCGGCAGGCAACUCACUUCUGCUGGGAGCUGCUUGGAAAAUCCUUGAAGCCUCUGACCCUGGCUGCUUCCUAGUCGGGGGCAAGCCCUCCCGCUGCGCGGACAGCGACAUGGAUGAUGUCUGGACUAAGAAAUGUGCCAUCUUGAUGAACCCUCUUGGGCCUUUCUCCAAUUGCCAUGAGGUGGUGCCCCCGCAGGCCAGCUUCUCCAGUUGUGUGUAUGGCCAGUGUGAGACCAACGGAGACAACCUAACCCUCUGCCACUCCCUGCAGGCCUACGCAUCUCUGUGUGCCCAGGCCGGCCAGGUGACUACCUGGCGCAACAGCACCUUCUGCCCUAUGAGAUGCCCACCUAGGAGCAGCUACAACCCAUGUGCCAACUCCUGCCCAGCCACCUGCCUCACCCUGAGCACCCCAAGAGACUGUCCAACGCUGCCCUGUGUAGAGGGCUGUGAAUGCCAGAGUGGCCACAUCCUGAGUGGAACCACCUGUGUGCCCCUCAGACAGUGCGGCUGCAGCGACCAGGACGGCUCCUAUCACCUGUUGGGGGAGAGCUGGUACACAGAGAAGACCUGCACCACCCUCUGCACAUGCUCAGACCACAGCAACAUCACCUGCAGCCCGUCGGCCUGCGAGGCCAACCACGUGUGCUUGCGCCAGGAAGGACUGCUACACUGUGCUGCAGAGAUGGGAGAGUGUCGCAUCUCAGAGGAUUCCCAGAUCGUGAGCUUCGAUGACCACACCCACCCUAUCCAAGACACAUGCACUUACAUCUUGGUCAGGAUGUGCCACCCCAGCACAGACAUGCCCUUCUUCACGAUCAGUGCCAAGACCGACAUAGACACCAACAGCAAGACGUUCGGUGUCUAUCAGCUGUACAUUGACAUCUUCAACUUCCACAUCACUCUUCAGAAAGACCAUUUAGUCCUCGUAAGAUUGAUCAAUGACUCAAUGGUCACCCUUCCCACCACCACCCACAUCCCAGGAGUCAACGUCAUGACCGAAGGCGUCUAUACCAUUGUCACAAUUAAGGAUGAAAUUCAAGUCAAGUUUGAGAGCAAUAAUUUCUUAGAUGUCAAAAUCCCUGCAUCCUCUAGUGGGAAGGUCUGCGGUGUGUGUGGCAAUUUCAACGGCGAAGAAGAGGAUGAGCUCAUGACGCCCAGUGAUGAACUAGCUGAGGAUGAGCAGGAGUUCAUGAAUAGCUGGAAAGAUAAGAGCAUGGACCCAAAUUGCCAGAAAAUUGAAGGGCCGAACCUCCAAGUGGAACAGCAGGAGAUCAUGAAUGGGAAAUGCAGGCCCUUUGACUUUGAGAAAGCCCAGGCAAACUGCCAAACCGCCCUUCAGGGUCCUGCCUGGGCCCAUUGUUCCUCCCAGGUACCCAUCAAGCCCUUCUUGCUGAAGUGUAUGAACAGCUUCUGUGAAUUCGGGGAACUCUUCCGUGCUCUCUGUGAUUCUCUGCAGUCCUUCGAAGAUGCCUGCCAGAACCAGGGGCUCAGGCCACCCAUCUGGAGGAACAGCAGCUUCUGCCCUCUGGAGUGCCCAGCUCACAGUCACUACACAAACUGCCUUCCCUCCUGCCCACCUUCCUGCUUGGACCCAGACAGCCACUGUGAGGGCUCUGGCCACAAAGUCCCCACCACCUGCAAGGAGGGCUGCAUCUGCCAGCCUGACUAUGUGCUGAAUAACGACAAGUGUGUGCUCAGAACUCAUUGUGGCUGCAAAGAUGCUCAGGGUGUCUUCAUCCCGGCAGGCAAGACGUGGCUAUCCGAAGACUGUACCCAGAGCUGUGCCUGCAUGAAAGGGGCCACGAGGUGCUGGGAUUUCCAGUGUCCCCCAGGGACGUACUGCAAGAACAGCAAUGAUGGCAGCAGUAACUGUGUCAAAAUCUCUCUGCAGUGCCCGGCCCACAGCAAGUUCACAGACUGCCUCCCCCCCUGUCAUCCUUCCUGCUCUGACCCCGACGGCCACUGUGAGGGCGUCACCGCCAACGCCCACUCUAACUGCAAAGAGGGCUGCGUGUGUCAACCUGGCUACGUGCUGCACAACGACACGUGUGUGCUCAGAAUUGAGUGCGGCUGCCAACAUGCCCAGGGUGGCUUCAUCCCUGCAGGCAAGAGCUGGACCUCCAGAGGCUGUUCCCAGAGCUGUGACUGCAUGGAAGGGGUCAUUCGAUGUCAGAAUUUCCAGUGUCCCUCAGGAACUUACUGCCAGGACAUUGAGGAUGGCACCAGUAACUGUGCCAAUAUCACUCUGCAGUGCCCCGCCCACAGCAGCUUCACCAACUGCUUACCUUCUUGUCAGCCGUCCUGCUCGGACCCUGACGGCCACUGUGAGGGUUCCGCCACCAAAGCCCCCUCUGCCUGCCAGGAGGGCUGUGUCUGUGAACCUGACUACGUGGUGCUUAACGACAAGUGUGUGCCCAGAAUUGAGUGUGGCUGCAAAGACGCCCAGGGUGUCCUCAUCCCCGCGGACAAGACCUGGAUCAACAAAGGCUGCACAGAAAUCUGUACCUGUGUGACAGGUGCCAUCCACUGCAGGGAUUUCCAGUGUCCCUCGGGGACCUACUGCAAGGACAUCGAGGAUGACACCAGUAACUGCACUGAAAUCACCCUGCAGUGCUCGGACCACAGCCUCUACACCCACUGCCUUCCCUCCUGCCUGCCUUCCUGCUCUGACCCAGAUGGCCUCUGCAGAGGCACCAGCCACGAAGCCCCCUCCACCUGCAAGCAGGGCUGCGUCUGUGAACCUGACUAUGUGCUGAGUAACGACAAGUGUGUGCUCAGAAUUGAGUGUGGCUGCAAAGACGCCCAGGGUGUUCUCAUCCCCGCAGAUAAGACUUGGAUCAACAGGGGCUGCACCCAGAGCUGUAGCUGCACGGGAGGGGCCAUCCAGUGCCAGAAUUUCCAGUGUCCCUCGGAGACUUACUGCAAGGACCUGGAGGACGGCAACAGCAACUGCACCAGUAUCCCUCUCCAGUGCCUGGCCCACAGCCACUACACCAACUGCCUUCCACCCUGUCAGCCUUCCUGCUCGGACCCUGAUGGCCACUGUGAGGGUUCUAGUACCAAAGCCCCCUCCGCCUGUCAGGAGGGGUGUGUCUGUGAACCUGACUACGUGGUGCUUAACGACAAGUGUGUGCCCAGAAUUGAGUGUGGCUGCAAAGACGCCCAGGGUGUCCUCAUCCCGGCAGAUAAGACCUGGAUCAACAGAGGCUGCACCCAGAGCUGCACCUGCAUGGGAGGCGCCAUCCAGUGCCAGAAAUAUCACUGUCCCUCGGGGACUUACUGCAAAGACACGGAGGAUGACAGCAGUAGCUGUGCCACAAUCACGCUGCAGUGCCCCGCCCACAGCAGCUUCACCAGCUGCCUUCCACCCUGUCAGCGGUCCUGCUUGGACCCAGAAGGCCACUGCGAGGGUCCCGCCACCAAAGCUCCCUCUGCCUGCCAGGAGGGCUGUGUCUGUGAACCUGACUACGUGGUGCUUAACAACAAGUGUGUGCCCAGAAUUGAGUGUGGCUGCAAAGACGCCCAGGGUGUCCUUAUCCCCGCAGAUAAGACCUGGAUCAACAGAGGCUGCGCCCAGAGCUGUACCUGCACGGGAGGGGCCAUCCAGUGCAAGAAAUUUCAGUGUCCCUCGGGGACUUACUGCAAGGACAUCGAGGACGGCAACAGUAACUGCACCAGAAUCUCUCUGCAGUGCCCCGCCCACAGCAACUUCACCAGCUGCCUUCCUUCUUGUCAACCCUCCUGCACUAAUACGGAUGUCCACUGUGAAGAAUCCAGCCCCAACGGCCUCUCCUCCUGCAAGGAGGGCUGCGUCUGUCAACCCGGCUACGUGUUGCAUAAUGACGAGUGUGUACUCAGAAAUCAGUGUGGCUGCAAAGAUGCCCAGGAUGCUCUCAUCCCAGAAGGCAAGACCUGGAUCACCAGCGGCUGCACCCAGAGCUGUAACUGCACGGGAGGGGCCAUCCAGUGCCAGAAUUUCCAGUGUCCCUCGAAGACGUACUGCAAGGACCUCGAGGAUGGCAGCAGUAACUGCACCAGUAUCCCUCUGAAGUGCCCGGCCCAUAGCCGCUACACCAACUGCCUUCCGUCCUGCCCACCCUCGUGCUUGGACCCCGAGGGCCUCUGUGAGGGCACCAGCCCUAAAGUUCCCUCCACCUGCAGGGAGGGUUGCCUCUGCCAACCUGGCUACCUGAUGCAUAAAAGCAAGUGUGUGCUCAGACUCUUCUGUGGCUGCAAAAAUACCCAGGGUGCUUUCAUCUUGGCGGACAAGACGUGGCUCUCCAGGGGCUGCACACAGACCUGUACCUGCUCAGCGGGGGCCAUCCACUGCAGGAAUUUCAAGUGUCCCUCGGGGACCUACUGCAAGAAUGGGGAUAAUGGCAGCCCUAACUGCACCAAAAUCACUCUGCAAUGCCCAGCCAACAGCCAAUUCACGGACUGCCUUCCCUCCUGUGUGCCUUCUUGUUCCGACCUCUGUGAGGUCACCAGCCCCAGCGUCCCCUCCAGCUGCAGGGAGGGAUGUCUUUGCAACCGUGGCUUUGUGUCCAGUGAGGACAAAUGUGUGCCCAGAACUCAGUGCGGCUGUAAAGAUGCCCGGGGUGCCAUCAUUCCGGCAGGCAAGACCUGGACCUCCAAAGGCUGUACCCAGAGCUGUGCCUGCGUGGAAGGCAAUAUCCAGUGCCAGAAUUUCCAGUGUCCCCCAGAGACCUACUGCAAGGACAACAGUGAAGGUGGCGGUGCUUGCACCGAAAUCACUCUCCAGUGCCCGGCCCACACCCAGUAUACCAGCUGCCUUCCCUCCUGCCUGCCUUCCUGCUUGGACCCAGAGGGCCUCUGCAACGACAUCAACCCUAACGUCCCCUCCACCUGCAAGGAGGGCUGUGUGUGCCAGUCUGGCUACGUGCUGAACAGUGACACGUGUGUGCUCAGGGCUGAGUGUGACUGCAAAGACACCCAGGGGGCUGUCAUCCCGGCAGGCAAGACCUGGACCUCCCCAGGCUGUACCCAGAGCUGUGCCUGCAUGGGAGGGGUUGUUCAGUGCCAGAGUUCCCAGUGUCCCCCAGGGACUUACUGCAAGGACAAUGAAGAUGGCAGCAGUAACUGUGCCAAAAUAACUCUGCAGUGCCCAGCCCACAGCCUAUUCACCGACUGCCUUCCCUCCUGUCUGCCUUCCUGCUUGGACCCGGAUGGCCUCUGUAAGGGAGCCAGUCCCAAAGUCCCCUCCAUUUGCAAGGAGGGCUGCAUCUGUCAAUCCGGCUACGUGCUGAGUAACAACAAGUGUGUGCUCAGAAAUCGUUGUGGCUGCAAAGAUGUCCACGGUGCUCUAGUCCCAGAAGACAAGACCUGGGUCUCCAGAGGCUGUACCCAGAGCUGUGUCUGCACAGGAGGAAGCAUCCAGUGCCUGAGUUUCCAGUGUCCCCCUGGGACGUACUGCAAGGACAAUGAAGAUGGCAGCAGUAACUGUGCCAGAAUCCGUCUGCAAUGUCCAGCCAACAGCCACUACACGGACUGCUACCCCCCCUGCCCACCUUCUUGCUCGGACCCAGAGGGCCACUGUGAAGGCACUGGCCCCAGAGUCCCCUCCACUUGCAAGGAAGGCUGCCUCUGCCACCCUGGCUUUGUGCUUGACAGGGACAAGUGUGUGCCCAGAAUUGAGUGUGGCUGCAAAGAUGCACAGGGCGCUCUCAUCCCAGCAGGCAAGACCUGGACCUCCCCAGGCUGUACCCAGAGCUGUGCCUGCAUGGGAGGGGUUGUUCAGUGCCAGAGUUCCCAGUGUCCCCCAGGGACUUACUGCAAGGACAAUGAAGAUGGCAACAGUAACUGUGCCAGAAUAACUCUGCGGUGCCCCGCACACAGCAACUACACCUACUGCCUUCCCUUCUGUCUCCCUUCCUGCUUGGACCCCAGUGCCCUCUGUGGGGGCACCAGCCCUAAAGGCCCCUCUACUUGCAAGGAAGGCUGUGUCUGCCAACCUGGCUACGUGCUGGAGAAAGACAAGUGUGUUCUCAAAAUGGACUGUGGUUGCAGGGACACCCAGGGUGCUGUCAUUCCGGCUGGCAAGACCUGGCUCUCCACAGGCUGUACCCAGAGCUGUGCUUGCGUGGAAGGGGCCGUUCAGUGCCAGAAUUUCCAGUGUCCCUCCGGAACAUACUGCAACCGCAGCAAUAGCUGUGCUGACAUACCUCUGCAGUGCCCAGCUCACAGCCACUUCACCAGCUGCCUUCCCUCCUGUCCACCUUCCUGUGCCAACCUGGAUGGCAGCUGUGAGCAGACCAGCCCCAAAGUCCCGUCUCCCUGCACAGAGGGCUGCCUCUGUCAACCUGGCUACUUCCUGAAUAACGACAAGUGUGUGCUCCAAACUCACUGCGACUGCAAAGAUGCUGAGGGUGGUCACGUUCCGGCAGGCAAGACCUGGACCUCCAAGGACUGUACACAGAGCUGUGCCUGCGCGGGAGGGGCCGUUCAGUGCCAGAAUUUCCAGUGUCCCUCAGGGACCUACUGCAAAGACAGUGGCGAUGGCAGCAGUAACUGCACCAAAAUCCUUAAGGGAGCCCUGGGGGAAGACAGGGACGGUGUGCUCGCCGCUGGAAGGAUCAGAGCUCUGCAGUGCCCAGCUCACAGCCACUUCACCAGCUGCCUUCCCUCCUGUCCACCUUCCUGCGCCAACCCGGAUGGCAGCUGUGUGGAAUCCAACUUCAGAGCCCCCUCUGUCUGCAAGGAGGGCUGUAUCUGUCAACCCGGCUACUUGUUAGAUGACGAUAAGUGUGUGCUCCGAAUCCGGUGUGGCUGCAAGGACGCCCAGGGUGGCCUCAUUCCCGCAGGUCGGAGCUGGAUCUCCAGCGACUGUACUAAGAACUGUAACUGCAUGGGAGGCGCCAUCCAGUGCAGGGAUUUCCAGUGCCCGCCAGGGACUUACUGCAAGGAGAGCAACGAUAGCAGCAGAACCUGUGCCAAAAUCCCUCUGCAGUGCCCCGCCCACAGCCACUACACAAACUGCCUUCCCGCGUGUUCACGUUCCUGUACUGAUCUGGAAGGCCACUGUGAGGGGACCAGUCCCAAAGUCCCGUCUCCCUGCACCGAGGGCUGCCUCUGUCAACCUGGCUAUGUGGUGCAGAAUCACAAGUGUGUGCUCCAAAUUCACUGUGGCUGCGAAGACGCCCAGGGUGGCUUCAUCCCGGCAGGCAAGACCUGGAUCUCCGGGGGCUGCACCCAGAGCUGUGCCUGCGUGGGAGGGGCUGUCCAGUGUCACAACUUCACCUGCCCCACAGGGACUCAGUGCCAGGACAGCAACUGUUCCAAAAUCACUGUGCAGUGCCCAGCCCACAGCCACUACACCACCUGCCUUCCCUCAUGUCUACCUUCCUGCUCUGACCCCGAAGGGCUCUGUGGGGGCGGCACCAGCCCAGGAGCUCCCUCCACCUGCAGGGAGGGCUGUGUCUGUGAACCUGACUAUGUGCUGAAUGAGGACGAGUGCGUGCUCAGGAUUCAGUGUGGCUGCAAAGACACCCAGGGUGGUCUCAUCCCGGCAAACAAGACCUGGCUCACCAGAGGCUGUGCCCAAAAGUGUACCUGCAAAGGAGGGGACAUUCAUUGCCGGAAUUUCAAGUGUCCCUUGGGGACUGAAUGCAAGGACAGUGUUGAUGGCAGCAGUAACUGUACCAAAAUUGCUCUGCAGUGCCCAGCCCACAGCCAUCACACCCACUGCCUACCCUCCUGCAUCCCAUCCUGCUCCAACGUGAAUGACCACUGUGAGAGCGCCAGCCACCAGAGCCCCUCUACCUGCAUCGAAGGCUGCCUCUGCCACUCGGGCUUUGUGUUCAGUAAGGACAAGUGUGUGCCCAGAGCUCGGUGUGGCUGCAAAGACUCCCAGGGUACCCUCAUCCCGGCAGGUAAGAACUGGAUCACUACGGGCUGUUCCCAGAGAUGUACCUGCACAGGAGGACUUGUUCAGUGCCACGACUUCAAGUGCCCCCCAGGAGCCGAGUGCCAGGACAUCGAGGACGGCAACAGUAACUGUGUUGAAAUCACUGUGCAGUGCCCGGCCCACAGUCACUACUCCAAAUGCCUUCCACCCUGUCAGCCUUCCUGCUCGGACCCUGACGGCCUCUGCGGGGGCACCAGCCCCGAAGCCCCCUCCGCCUGCCAGGGAGGCUGUGUCUGUGAACCUGACUAUGUGCUGAAUAAUGACAAGUGUGUGCUCAGCAGUGAGUGUGGCUGCAAAGACGCCCAUGGCGUUCUCGUCCCGGUGACUCUGAACUGCCCUGCCCACAGCCUCUAUACCAACUGCCUUCCCUCCUGUCUCCCUUCCUGCUCGGAUCCAGAGGGCCUCUGUGGGGGCACCAGCCCCGAAGUUCCCUCCACCUGCAAGGAGGGCUGCGUCUGUCGAUCUGGCUAUGUGCUGCAUAAAAAUAAGUGUAUGCUUAGAAUUCACUGUGACUGCAAAAACUUCCAGGGGAACCUCAUCAAGACCGGCCAGACAUGGAUCUCCCCUGGGUGUUCCAGGAUCUGUACAUGCAAGGAAGGGGUCUUUCAGUGCCAACGUUACAAAUGCCCCUCGGGGACCCAGUGCGAGGAAAGCGAAGAUGGCAGCAGUAACUGUGUCUCCAGCACUGUGAAGUGCCCAGCCAACAGCCUCUACACCCACUGCCUUCCCGCCUGUCUCCCUUCCUGCUCUAACCCUGACGGCCGCCGCUGUAAGAGCACCAGCCACGAGCCCCCCUCCACCUGCAGGGAGGGCUGUGUCUGUCGACCUGGCUACCUGCUCAAUAAGGACACGUGUGUGCACAAAAACCAGUGUGGCUGUCAAGAUCUCAGGGGCGACAUCAUCCCGGCAGGCAAGACCUGGAUCUCCAGUGGCUGCACCCAGAGCUGUGCCUGCACGGAUGGGGUCAUCCAGUGCCAGAAUUUUGUCUGCCCAUCGGGGUCCCACUGCCAGCACAACGAGGAUGGCAGCAGUGACUGUGCAGCCAACAAACUGGAAAAAUGUACCAUCUUUGGGGACCCCUAUUACCUCACGUUUGAUGGCUUCACUUACCACUUCCUGGGUCGUAUGAACUACUACCUCAUAAAGACAGUGGACAAGCUCCCAAAAGGGGUUGAGCCCCUGAUCAUGGAGGGGCGCAACAAAAUAUCCCCUAAAGGGAGCUCAACCUUGCAUGAAGUGACCACCAUCGUCUAUGGCUAUAAAAUCCAGCUCCAAGAAGAACUGGUGGUUUUGGUCAACGAUGAGAAGGUGGCGAUCCCCUACAAUCCAAACGAGCACCUGCGGGUCGUGCUGCGGGCUCAGCGGCUGCUGCUCGUCACGGACUUCGAAAUGGUGUUGGACUUUGAUGGGAAACACAGUGCAGUGAUCUCCUUGCCUACCACAUACCGUGGGCUGACGCGGGGCCUGUGUGGAAACUAUGACAAGGACCAGUCGAAUGAACUCACGUUGCCCAGUGGAGUGCUCACCUCGAGCGUCCAUGUCUUCGGCAAGAGUUGGGAGGUGAAGGUGAUGCGUAGCUUCCUCCGAUUUCCAAGGGCCCUACCAGAAGAGGUGGGAAGAGAUGGAGAGCCUGACCUUCUCCGAUCAGAAUGCAGCCAAGAGCAGACCGCGCUUAUUAGCAGCACCCAGGCCUGUAGGGUGCUUGUGGACCCCCAGGGCCCCUUUGCUGCAUGUCACCACAUUUUAGCCCCAGAGCCCUUCGAGCAGCGCUGUAUGCUGGAUAUGUGCGCUGGCUGGAAGACCAAAGAAGAAGAGGAAGUUCGAUGUCGGGUCCUCAGCGGCUAUGCCAUCAUUUGCCAGGAGGCGGGCGCCAACAUGACUGGUUGGAGGGACCACACACACUGUGCCAUGACAUGUCCUGCCAAUACUGUGUACCAGCGCUGCAUGACACCCUGCCCAGAAUCCUGUGCCAAAUUUGUGACCCCCAAGGUCUGUGAAGGCCCCUGCGUGGAAGGCUGUGCCAGCCUCCCCGGCUACGUUUACAGUGACACGCAGAGCCUCCCAGUGACGCACUGCGGCUGCACCACCGAUGGCAUCUAUUACAAGCUGGGUGACAGCUUUGUGACUAAGGACUGCUCCCAGCACUGUACCUGUGCCAGCCAGGGGAUCCUGCUGUGUGAGCCCUAUGGCUGCAGAGCUGGGGAGUCCUGCAUGGUGGCCAACUUUACUCGAGGCUGCUUCCAGGACAGCCCUUGUCUGCAGAACCCCUGUCACAAUGAUGGCCGGUGUGAGGAGCAGGGGGCCACCUUCAUCUGCCACUGUGACUUCGGUUAUGAAGGAGAAUUCUGCACAGAGCCUCAAGAUAUCACAACCAGAAAAAAGCUAGGUAACAGUCACAUCCCCAUAUAAUAUCUAUUAUAUAUCAUAGGUAUGUCAUAGAAAUGACAUGGAUACAUAAGAUAUCCACUAGUAUU